AUGCUAAUCGUUUGCCUUCUGACAAUUGGGAGUUGUUUACCUGCUAAAGUUAUCAGUGCAGAAAAGCGUAUUGGUUUUCUGUUCGAACAAAAUCAAAAUCAAUGCAAACUGGUUCAAGAUAAUCAAUGUUCAACAAGCUGGGCUGUGGCCGCACAUAAUUGUCUUCAACGUCAAGCCUAUUUAGGUGCCAGUGAUAGGGAUAUGUUCUAUACAAUUGCACAUAAAAUAAAUGAUGAAAAUGGGAAAAAUAUGAAAGAUCGAUUACGUCGGCAACAAUUUCGACCAUCAAAUGAUAGUUUGUCGUUAUCAAGAGCAUCAAGCAUUUGCGCAAUAUCACGAAAAAGUGGUGAAGAACGAAUUAAUUGUUGUGUCAACACGAUAACAACAGGUUGUGUUAGUUAUGUUUGUAUUAAAAGUGAUUGCGACACUGACAGUUGUAAAUCAGUAAUGGCACACCAAAAUGCUAUUGUUAAAAAUUGUAAUGGUGUUCAAAUUUCUGCUGUAAAAGCCCAAGCACCAUUCAUAAUAAUCAUGCCAAUAAUAUUCACAACAACAUUGAUAUUAAUAAUAACAAUAUUGAUCGUUUAA